AUGGAACGAGAUUGCUUUCGUUUUGUUCGCAUGUGCCACCAGUGUCAAAUUCACAGUGAGUUGAUUCACUCGCCUCCUUCAGAGUUGUAUCCUAUGUCGGCUCCUUGGCCUUUUGUUUCUCGGGGAGUGGACGGCAUCAGCCCAAUCGAGCCAAAAACAUCAAAUGGGCACAGAUUCAUCUUGGUUGCAAUUUAUUACUUCACCAAAUGGGUGGAAGCUAUUACAUUGAAAGCAGUUACCAAGAAAGAAGUAAUAGACUUUGUUCAAUCCAACAUCAUCUGUCGUUUCGGUAUUCCAAAAAUCAUUAUCACGGAUAAUGCUGCUAAUUUGAAUAGUCAUCUGAUGAAGGAGGUAUGUGAACAAUUUAAAACUGAGCAUCGCAAUUCUACUCCUUACCGGCCCAAAGCUAAUGGACCUGUUGAAGCUGCGAAUAAGAACAUCAAGAAGAUUCUUAGGAAGAUGGUCCAAGGGCCUGGAGAAUUGCACGAGAAACUGCUUUUUGCUCUUUUGGGAUACCAGAUAACUAUCUGUACAUCAGUUGGCGCAACACCCUACUUAUUCGUUUAUGGAACCAAAGCGGUCAUACCUGCUGAAGUUGAGAUUCCCUCUCUCCCAAUCAUUGUUCAAGCAGGGAUUGAGGACACUGAAUGGGUGAAUUCCCGAUUGGAACAGUUGAGUUUGAUUGAAGAAAAGUGUUUGGCAGCAGUUUGUAUUUGUCAGUUAUACAAACAAAGAAUGGCAUGCACUUACAAUAAGAAAGUGUGA